AUGGCAAGACCCCAAAUCAACGAGGACUUCUCGGAGUUCAACCAGACUGAUGAGAUGGAUGUGGACAACGCCCCCACCAGCCAGGGCAGCACUCAAACUGCAGGCUCUGGUCGCUCAAUUUUCUCGCCAGCAGCACCAGCCAUCUCCCAAGAAGACAUGCUGCCUUCCAUCGAGCGUGCGACAACCCAGCCCUCUACGCCAGGACUUGACUCUCAGAGUGGAGGUCGGCCGCUAGCUAUUCAAAACCUCUUCAGUCAAAGCAUAUUCAAGAGCGAGGACCGAGAGAUGUCCGGCAUGAAUCUCGGCAAUAGCACACCUCAUGCAUCGACACCUCACAAUACCUCAGAUAUGGAGAAUGCGGAUGGUGAGAGACAGUAUUCGCCUGCCUUGUUCAUAUCGGAGAGUAGGGGUGAGAGUGAAGGUGCCCCGAUGGCUGCUUCGCCUAUUUCGCGGAGACGUGCAACUACACAAGAGCAUCCACUUCCUUCCACUUCAAUCUUCGGUGGUGCUGUUGGUGGUCCAGUAGCUACACCUUCCAUUUUUGGAGGCCCGGUUCAAGCACCCAAAUCUAUUCCAAAGCAAGCUUACAAUCCUGCCCCUUUGUUGCGCGAUGAUGAUCAUGCAGCAAAACCUGCUCAGCUUGUGAUCAUCACACCUGAGAACCACCCUGACGAUGAUUGUAUGAUCAUUGAGGAAGCCGAUGCGUCUACUGAGGCAAAGCAGAAAUGGAAAAAGCCGUCGAAGGCUAAGAAAGUUGCUCGAGAUGACGACGAAGUCGUUUUUGUCAAGGAAGAGCCUAUCCAUCAUGCUGCUUUUCCAUCACCCGCACCUGCGGUCCAGCUGUCAUCUCCACCACCACCACCCAAGAAGCCAGCCAAUGCCUUUGCAGUAGCUAAGAUUCUUGCUGCCCAGCAAGCUAUGUUUCGUAGCGUCAGAGCGCAGAGCAACGGCGAAGGUCCAUCAAGAGUUCAAAUCCGGGGUCAUCACGCUCAGCCCCUGUCCAGCAGAGGCUCUGACCGAUUCGAAGACCCUAACUUCGGCCGCCAUGAUCCUCAGCAUGUUCAAGCCGACGAAGACGACGCUUGGAUGAUUGAGGAAGAAGGGUUUGAUUAUGAGUUUGAGAAGAUGACCCGCCUCGAAGAUUUGCUUGCGAGAAGAGAGCGCAAAGGCAAUCUCACCCAAGAAGAGUCGCUAGAGCUCUUCAAGAUCCGAAAGCGCCUCGAGAUGAAGGAGCGUCUUCGUGCUGCUGCUGCUUCUCGUGAUGACGAAGAAAAGUCUCUGCUACUCCCUGCUGAGACGAGAAAGCAAACCGUCCGUCGUCAUCGUCGCGAUCGACCUUGUCAGGCUGAAUCCGAGGGCGUCGAAUCUAAUAUUGAAGACGACGCUGAGGGUGCUUACGAUGAUCGAGACGAAAUCGUUCGCAUGAUGGCUGAAUUGGAUGGCCGUGACGCCGAGGAAGAAGACCUUGGUCUGACAAAGUCAGGCAAGCCUCGCAAGCGCCGUGUUCGCCUUGCCAAUGGUAUUACGCAGUCCCGUCCCAAGGACGCCCGUGAGUACGCGGCUCGGGAGAAGGAGAAGGAGCGCUCUAAGAUCCAGAAGAAAAAGGCCCGUCAGCUAGCCGCUCCCGUCACUGCAUCGUCCUCCCGCCGCAAGACUGCUCCUGCUGCCGCCAAAGGGAGAGGAAGAGGCAAACGCAGGGAGAAGGAAAAGUCAAAGGCUGCCAAUAGAACCGCUAAGGAUAAGUCCAGAGGCAAAGGCAAGGGAAAAGACGUUGUCAAGAACGGCUCCAGUUUAAUCAGCGCCGCGGGCGGCUUCGCGCAGCGCAACGGCGAAGACAAGAUCGGCCAGAUGAUCCUCGAGGACCUCAUGAGCAAUGACCCCAUCUCCGAGCGCCUGCAAAAUCCCGUCUUCAACCGUCCGGCUGAAGCAAUCAUCUCCGGCCCGCAGGUCAAGAAUACGCAGUUCCAGCUACUGUUCGCUAACAUCCCCGAGCCGGAGUCCAACGUCGAGAGAGGCGCCAUCAAGACUGACAAGGCGAAGCUGCGGGAGGCGAGUCGCAGCUUUGGGUACGCGAAAUGCAAGGCGCACGAUGGCAAGUGGCUGAUCAAGGGGAUGAAGAGCCCGUUGUAUCAUCAUCAGCUGCUUGGGGCGCAGUGGAUGGUGCAGAGAGAACUGAGCAGUCAAGCACCGCAUGGGGGGUUGUUGGCGGAUAGUAUGGGUCUGGGGAAGACAGUGCAGACGUUGGCUUGUAUGGUUGGUAAUCCACCUGGUCCCGAGGACAUCCAGCGCAAAGUCAACACCACCCUCAUCGUCGUCCCGGUCACAGUAAUCGAGCAAUGGAUCGAAGAAAUCCGUCUCCACGUCGACGAGAGGAUCUUCCCCAAGGUGCUCCACUACAAGACAUCCUCGAAACUCGACAUCAACAUCCUGCAGGACAUCGACAUCGUCGUGACCUCCUACAAUGAAGUCAUGAAGCAGUUCCCCUUCCCGGACACCGAGGGCCGACUUGUGAUUGCCAAGAACGGAUAUCAGAAGUGGUGGAAGAGGGCCAUUAAGAGUAUGGGGGUGCUGCAUCAGAUCAAUUGGUACCGCGUGGUGUUGGAUGAGGCGCAAGCUAUCAAGAAUAACAGCGCGCGCACGAGUCUGGCGUGCCAGAAUUUGAAGAGCGUGUAUCGGUGGUGCUUGACGGGUACACCUUUACUGAAUCGUCUUGAGGAACUCUUCCCUUACCUCCGCUUCCUCAAGGCAAACUACAGCAUGGACUGGCAGACCUUUCAGAAGUACUUCUGCGACCCGAUGACCGACAUUAGCUACUGUCGCAUCUCGACUGUGCUAAGCUACACCAUGAUGAGACGCACGAUGAAGACGACGAUUCUCAACCGUCCCAUUAUCACACUACCACCGCCACAUCCGAAUAUCCAGUACAUCAGCUUCUCACCCGAGGAGCAGAUUAUCUACCGCAUUACCGAGAACCGCUUCCGCAGCAACCUGAAUAGCUUCUUCAAGAAGGGUCAGGCCUCCCGCAACUACGGCGUCUUCAUGGUCCAACUCCUUCGCCUCCGCCAGUGCACCUCCCACCCUUUUAUGCUUGAGCGUACGAUCAAGGAGAGUUGGACGACGGAGGACCUGCAUGAGUUACAAAGCGGACUUGGGAAGCUGAAGAAUAAGGCCAAGCCCUUCUACGAGCAGUGCAAAGUGUGGGUUGAGCAAUCAGAAGCCCGCCGCAACGAGCGCCGCGAUCGAGGGGAGGACGUUCCCGACGAUGAGAUGCUCCCGUUCGGGCGUUCAGACUACGGCCGUGAGUUCAAUAUGGUGAAGGUUCUCAAGACUUUGAACGAGCAGGAGCUUUACGGGCGAGUUACGUGCUCGAUAUGCUCGGAUAUCCCAAUCGAUCCUACGCAGACUGAUUGCGGCCACAUCUUUUGCAAAGACUGCCUCGACUCCUUCUGCCACCAGCUCGUCGCCGGUGAGCAAGAGUUCAUGACCUGCCCCGAGUGCAACCGCGUCUUCCAACGCACAACGCCAGUUCAGCAGCCCCCAGAUGAUUUCGAUGAUGGUGGUUUUUCCGGCUCCGGCUCGCGCGGGAACGGUAACGGCAAAGAUAAAGGCAAGUGGAAGGAAAACUCGACGAGCAAAGGCCGCGACUUGCUCGGCUUCGAGCCUUGCACCAAGGACUCGAGCUGGGUUACGAAGAGCGAUACCGAUCCGGAUUUCCCCCUGACGGCGAGUAGUAAGACGACGGCGCUGAAGGCUUUGUUGUUGAAGGGGUUUGAGGAGGCACCGCUGGACAAGGUAUGGUUUUUUUUAACCUCCCUCUGCUCCGGAAAGCAAGAAUCUGGAACAUCCAAUUUUUCCGGGAACCUCUUGGAAACAUUGGAGAUUGUGUGCUUUUUGGGUGCGGAUGCCGUGCUGAUGUGCGAGCAAAAACAGGUGGUCAUCUACGUCCAAUUCCGCACCCUCGCCCGCAUCGUCGGCCGCAUCUGCCAAUCUGAAGGCUGGGGCUUUCUCUACCUCACGGGUGAUUCGUCGCUCGAGCACAGAACCAAAGCCAUCAAGCACUUUCGCGAGGAUGACGAGGCGAAGAUCUUGAUUGCCGGAUUGAAGUGUGGUGGUCUCGGCCUCAACUUCCCCUGGGCCAACCGCUGCAUCUCGCUGGACCUGUGGUGGAACCACGCGGUCGAGCAGCAGGCCUUCGGCCGCAUCUUCCGCAUCGGCCAGCUCAAGGAGACGUACAUGACGCGCAUCGUCGUCAAGAACAGCGUCGACAUGCGCAUGCUGUCGAUGCAGCUGCACAAGCUGCGGAACCUGGAGCGGGCGAUGCGCGACGGCGAGAGCAAGGAGACGCCGAACCUGAGUAUGAAGCAGCUGUCGAACCUGUUCGGCUUCUUGAAGACGGAUGGGGACGGCCAGAUUGUGAGCGUCGAGGCGGAUUAUGAAGAUGGGGAGGAGGGGGAGGGGGAGAGAGAGGGCGGCGGCGGCGGUUCGUAUGGAGGCAGUGGUGGAAGUCGGAAUGCUGGUGCUCGUGAUGUUGGGGCGGAUGGGGAUGGGGAUGGCGCUGGCGCUGGCGGGAUGAGCAGCGACAACGGUGCGCGCAAGGGGGCCUCGUGGGGAGGUGAGAACUGGGGGAAUACCGGUGGUAGUAAUCCGGAGGAAAUCAGCAGCUGGAACGACGGCAGCAAGGAAGGCUCCGGCCGCGCCCCUUAA